AUUAAAAAUGUAAUCAAAUUAGAAUUGCUAUUCUAUUAGUCACGCGGUUCUUUAUAAUUUAGGUAGAUGUAUAUAUAUAUAUAUAUAUAUAAUCAAGAGAAUUCACUCAGAAACAGAAACAGAAACAGAAAGAAACUAAUGGAUUUAAAGAAAGCAACUUUGGUUUUUUACUUUCUUAUCUUUCUCCAUCUGCAACGCCGUGUUUCUCAUGCGAUCUCCGCAUCUUCAACAACUCUAGCCUCCGCUGAUCCACACCAUGACAAUCCCCCGGUUCAAGAAGUCGAAUCGAAGCCGGAAGGUGAUGUGAUCUCCCGGAAUUUAACGGAAUUAGCCGUCGUUGUUAAGAAGGGAGGCGGAGGAGGAGGUGGAGGCAGAGGUGGAGGCAGCUUCGGCGGAGGAGGACGUAGUUUUGGUGGAGGAGGACGAAGUUUUGGCGGAGGAUCACGCGGAAGAGGAAUAGGAGGAGGAAUACGUCCGAUUCCGAUUUAUGGCGGCGGAUCACACCACGGUGGUCAUCGUUCAAGCGGCGGUCGGGAAACUGGUAGCGAUUGGUUAGUUUUAUCGAUUUUAGCCGGUUUGGUUUUGGUUUUCUAGAGUUUCUUUAUUUGAUUUUGCCGGUUUAGGUUAAUUGUUUGAUACCGGUUUUGCUUCCCACUGGUUUGCUACUUUGCUCUCUGGAUACAUACCGAACCGAAUAAACUUGAUCGGCAGCGUCUAAAAUUAAAAUUCGGUUAUCGGUUAGGUUCAAGAAACCGAUCGGUUAACCGAAAUAUUAUAAACCCUAAAAUUUUUAAGCUUUAUGAAUUGAACCAGUCGGUUUAAAUUCUUUUGCCACAAUUCUAUUUCCGAGUAAUAUAUAAACAAAACAUUGACCACUUAAGUUAGCGAUGUGGGACAAGUUUAUUAGCGUUGUUUAGUUUAGUUAGGUGUUGGGUUUAUAGGCUUAAAUACUUUUCUGGGCUUGCGUUUAUAUUUGUUUUGAUGGCCCAUUUGUUUUUUGA